AUGAAAGAAACCAUCAAGAACCAGGCACAGCUCACCAAACUGCAGGGACAAGAGGGCACUGGUGGGAAAGGAACUGCUUGUAGAAAGAAGAAGGUGGUUCACAGAGCAGCCACAAAGGAUGAUAAAAAUCCACAGUUCUCAUCAAAGAAGUUAGGGGUAAACAAUAUCUCUGGUAUUGAAGAGGUGAAAAUGUUUACAAACCAAGGAACAGUGAUCCAUUUUAACAACCCUAACUUCCAGGAGUCUCUGGGAACAAACAGUUUCACCAUUACAGGCCACGCUGAGACAAAGCAGAUGAGAAAAAUGCUUUCCAGCAUCCUAAACCAGCUUGGUGCAGACAGUCUGACUAGUUUAAAGAGAAUGGCUAAAGCUCUUCCCAAGGAUGAAGUUCCUGACCUGGUGGAGAAUUUUAAUGAGGCUUCUAAGAAGGAGGCAAGACUGUGA